CAGAAGAAAGGCGAUGUUAUUGGACGAUCUCAGGGUACAUUUCGUCUUUUCUUUGGCCAUUAGCUCUUGUAGCUUUUUGAUUUUUCGGUGAUCGCUCUCGGUGUAAAGCUUGAAAGUAAUUGACGGGGUAAGAGGCUUGAAGUGGAACAAGGAUUAAAUGAUCCGAUUUGUAAGUUGAGCAGAUGGCAGCACCAAAUUUUAAACACCAGGCUAUUCAAAUUAACAAAGUUGUCCUGCCUUCCCUAACAAAGCGCUAUUUUAUAUAAACUUCCAAUGUGAUGGAAAUUAUUGACGGCGAAUCUGACAAAGAUGAAAGCCCUCACUCGACCAUUGUGUGAGGCAUAUGCUGAUCCGGGUCCGCGCCCGGCUCCGGUUUCCUCCUUGGUUCAUCGUCUCGAGUUUUAACACUCGUUAUAAUCACAAAAGAAGUAACAAUUCAUUACAAAUACAUGAAAUGUCAAUGUUAUGUAGAAAGGACUAUUGGAUCAUCCCCGAUGUUCAGUCGCUGGAUCUUAUUUGCGCAUGUGCGAGCGAUCAUUUAAACCCUUCCAAAGAUGUUGUAUGUACCGACUUGACGUUAGUUAUGAUGGAGUACAAUUCCACGCUCUGGUUCAAGAUUUAACAUCUGCUCAAGCUGACUUAGUAUCAUGAUGGUGGUCACAAGUACGGACCUGGAUUACGGCGUCAUUUUUGGACCCAUUGUUGUCCAGCCGUCCAUUCUCAACCCAAGUUGUUUAAUAGGACUAAUGACAGAGGAUAGCAGGAGUGACCUGAGUGACACUAGGCUAUCGUUGAACCUCCUAGGGUUGUCCCGGCGGAGCCCCUCCCUGGACUGGCUGGUGUGUAUCCCCCCGGCCCGACACGAGGAGGAACAGAACAUGGAGGCGUACAGUAAGGACGGCGGGGUAUACUACCGCACCCUACGGAUCAUCUGGGCGGGGGAACCGCUGUUUGUCUGGUACAGUAAGGACUUCUGUCAGACCCUGCAGAUCCCGGCCGUCAGGGGGCGCGGUGACCAGAUAAAGGACCACUUGGUCUGCACAAGUUGUGGAGAAGUGUUCGUGUACGAGUUUUCAUUAAUGGCUCACAAACGUUUCAAAUGCGAGGAAUCCGAAACAUCAAAUUUUAAAGAAACUAGUAUUGAAAAUAUCAAGACCGAGUUAGAAUCAAUGACAUCCAAACUUCAGAAAUUACUUCAGGAGAUGGUGUUAGAUGGGGAAUCUAUGGCCUCCAAAGACAGUGCUACCAGUAGAAUACAAAAGCGUCAUUUUACAAAUGAAGAAAACACACAAAGCAAUCCACGAACAAAAAUGGGGAAAUUUUCUUGUAAAAGUCUGAUGAACUCAUUUUCAGAUGUCAGUGCUUUUCGAAAAGUUGAACUGCAAAACAAACAUCCAUCAUCCAAUUUUCCCGCAAAAUGUUUAAAACUGUCUGAUUCUCCAGACCUAAAUUUAUACGUUCAUACUGUCAGUGUUCAGGAUUCACGGUUAACGUCCGUUUUACCAAAACGUUUUCCAAACAGAACAGUGCAUGCGCAGCUGCCAUUAUCACAACGAGGCUCCCAGGAAGUGCCACACAGUUCUAGUAUGAUGUCUGUAUCCGAUCCAUGGAAGCAGUACUUCCUGUCGGAAAGACUAAAUGCCGGAAUACCGUACAUGAAGAAUUCUAAUCCAAUGGUGGAAAAGAUUUUACAGAAUACCUCCCCUGUAGCCGUUUCCUCUCCCGUCAAUGCGAUGGCGUUAUCCCAGAACUGGUGCGCUAAAUGCAACGCUUCCUUCCGUAUGACGAGUGAUCUCGUCUAUCACAUGAGAUCUCAUCAUAAACGAGAAUUUGAUCCCGUGAAGAAGAAACGAGACGACAAAUUACGGUGUAAUAUCUGCCAGGAAACGUUCAGAGAGAGGCACCAUUUAACUCGUCACAUGACGUCACAUGUUUAAUUCUUGAAUUGAAUGAUUUCUGUAGUAUCAUAGAAAGCUUAAAAUUAUUUGAAAAAGGGGAGAAGUUAUUGUUUACCUAUGCUAUUAUUGAAUUGAUAUAAACUUUUGAAAUACAAAUGUAUUAUAAAAAUUGAUAUGUAUAAAACUUUUCAAAGGAAAAAUAGGAUAUUGAAUCACAAUUUACAGCUGCAGAUAAUUACAUUUAUAUAAUUAUACUAGUUACAGAUUUUGCUUGUUUUAUGUGGUACCAAAUCAGUAAAUGAUAUUUUUACUUCUAUUUGUAAUUGUUAUUGGAUUAAGCAAGUAAAACGUUUUUUAAUUAAAGGUUUAGAUUUUUUAGUACGACCAAAAAUAUAUGUUUCGAUAUUUUGUUCAUGUGCCUCCAUUUCAUUUUUUAUAGUGGUUAAACUAGCACCGAUAAGAUUGUGUACAGUUACUGAGUAUAUUAGAAUUGAUUUUACUCUGAUAUAGAUUUAUGUAUUUCUUGAUUUUUUUUUUGGGGGGGGG